AUGAAAUAUGCGAUAAUAACCAAUUUAGUCGAAUUCAAACUGGACCGCAACGGGUGGUAUUCGUCGGGCGGCGGUGAACGCGCUAACGGCGGCGCUGCGCGCUUUGCUUACGACGUCUACGACGAUUCGGCACAAGUUCCCGGACCAUCAAAUUAUCCAGAUCAUUCGGCUCCUGCGCCUGCGCCAUAUAGUAAUCGAAGUACAGGCAUGAAUUCGAGCACUGCUAGAAAUCCAAUGGGUUAUGUGUCAGUACCAAUGAAUACAUCGAUAUCGGCAGCAUCUCGGAGACCUCUUCAAAGACAACAUCGCUCAAUGGAUGGUCUUGGUGUCUUGGAUAAUUAUAAGGAUUCGUUGGAUUACAGCAGUGAGCAAAAACCAACAUUUAUGCCAUUGGAAAUCAGUACUAAUCAUCAUCAAAUGCCGUCGAAUUAUCGGAAUCCGUUGACAUUGUCGAAUCCGAUACCAAGUCAGAAUGCGUUCUGGUACCAUAACAGGCGCACGACGGCCGGCGAAGAGAAUCCAUAUGGUAUGAUGCCGCAACAACAUCAACAGUCAGCUGGAAUGGCCAGACUCCCUGCUGGAAUGUCGAUCUCGAAUGAAUAUGAGCAAUUAAAAGUUGAUUAUGCGGCUGCUAUUGAAAAACUCAAUCAAACAAUGAAUAGCAUCAAGACAUUCUGGAGUCCCGAACUCAAAAGAGAACGCCAAAUGCGACGAGAAGAAGCUAAUCGGAUCAUGCAUCUUGAACGAAUGAUCCAAUCAAAUGGAGGUGACUUGAGUGCGUCAAACGAAGCUAUGCAACUUCGAAUGGAAUUGAAAGAACGCGAUGAAAGAAUAAGGCAACUCUCCGCUGCUCUGGAAUCCUCUGGAGGAGUAGAUUCGAGAGUUCGAGAGCUUGAAGAGACUAUUAUGAGACUUCAAGAUCUAUUAGCUACGAAAGAAUCCCAAUCGAUGAUGGCAUCAUCUGAUCCAAGUGGCCGAUAUGCAUUGGAAAAUGCUCUUCGAAGAAUUGAUGAGAAACAAGCAAGAAUUGUGGAGCUCGAAGAAGAACUUAUGCGGCAAAGAAUGAUGAGAUCGAAUCAACCGAGAGACUUCACAGAUAAGAAUCUUUCUGGCCAUGAAAUGGCAACAUUACGAAUGAAAAUGGAGCGAAGUGAAGUUGAACUCGCUGAGAGAAAAGCUGAGCUUAUGAACUGCCAAACGCGGAUGCAAACUGCUGAAGAAACCGCGAACGAGAUGCGAUCUCAUUUACAGUUGCUCAAAGAUCAAUUAACAAAUCGAGAGCAGCACAACACAUUGUUACAGGGAGAUGUUGAUGCUCUUCGCCAAAAGCUUGAUAGUAAAAACAAGCAACUUGAGCAGAAAGACGAACGAAUUGCCAGUUUGGAACGCGAUUUAUCAUCGAUGAAAGCUGAUGUUGCGGACAAAACAGAAUUGAUCCGACAAACUGAGAUAAAAUGUACUCAAUUGGUUGGACGAGUUGAUGCGCUUGAAACGACCGUUCGAGAAAAGGAACAGGAACUGGAUCGCGCUAAAAUUCGCUUGCUUAGCCAUCCAGAUGUUGUAAAAGAGAAAGAAAUGACUGAAAAGAUCGAGCAAGGUGAACGAGAGCGAUUACGUCUUCAGGAGCACAUCGAUCAACUUCGGCGAAAUGCGGAAAAGGAGCAGUUAGAGCAAAAAAAGACAUACCAGAAUGAGGUGGAGAGCUUGAAAUCAAACAUUGAGAACCUUCAAAAGGAAUUGUCAGAUCGUGAUAUUUUGCUGGAAUCACAGAAUGAAAAAAUUGGAGACAUGAAUCGAGAGCUUGCCAAUGCAAAAAAGCGAUUAGAUAAUGCAAUGGUUGAUAAAGGAACUGAUGAAUUACGAAAAGAUGUUGAAUCUGCUAGAAAUGAAAUUGAUAAACUUCUCAAAAUGGUUCAUCAACUUGAAAAGGAGAAUCUAACCCUUACUGCUCAAGUGAAACAGCUGACGGCCGAUAGAAGAGACAGCGAAUCGGGCAAAAAUGAUCGUAUGCCAAACAGUCAUAGUGUUUCGUCGAUAUCGAAAAACUCACAAUCAAAUUUGCACAAAAGAAUUGAAGAGCUCGAGGAGGCACUAAGAGAAUCUGUUUCAAUAACUGCAGAGAGAGAAGUGCAUCUAUCACAGCAGAAACAUCACCUACAACAGGUCACGUCGCAGUUAGCAGAAGCUAGAAAAGAGAUGGAAGAAUUGCGAAAGCAGAAGGCGAUGACCGGUGAAGGAACUGAUCGCGAUCAAAUCAUUCGAGCCAUUGAACUCGAACGACGACAGCAUCUUGAGCAAUUAUUCCAGUUGAAGCAGGAAGCCCUCCUGGCGGCUAUUUCGGAAAAAGACACGCAUUUAGCCUUAUUGGAGAAAUCAAGGGGACCACGUGAUGAAAUUGAAACAAUAAGAAGACAUAAAGAUGCGCUUAUUAGGAAAUUAAAGCAGGAAAAUGAAAGACGAGCUAUGGUUGUCCAUACUGACGCAGGACCACCAAUCAACGCUGCCAGUGUAAUUCCCGGCGCUCCACUGCCAGCUCCUGUCAUUCCGGGGACCAUUGGAAUCCCACCGCCGCAACCACCACCACAACAAGUUGAUAACGAUGAUAAUGACGGAAUUUGGGCGUAA